ACGAAUUUCCAAAAAAAUUCUAAACAGAUAUGAAAACACAUCAGUGGAUCUUCUCAGGAAGAAUGCAGCUAAUGGCGAUGAAAUAUUCUCGCAAAGCUCUUCUGCUAGCCUUUACCGGGUGCCUCUUCCUAAUAAUUGUGACUCGUGCAUUCACAAAUAAAGAGACCGUUGAUGAUAUUGAAACUGAAGGUACCUUGAGACCAGCGAUGGAGGACUUGUUCCUGCAUCCUGACCUCGUGGGGAAGGACAUGCACGACGAAGCCGUCAUCAAGGCAGCCCAGGGAGCCCUCAUCGCCCCCCCACAUGAUGUUCCUUACCAUCUUGACAACCCCAGCCAGAGGUUCUUUUCCCAGCAUGGCCAAGAUAUUUAUUUGAAAGAAGUUUUCAAAGAUACGAGAGGAGGCUUCUUCUUCGAAGUAGGCGCCUUCACUGGGGAGACUUAUUCGAACACGUUGCUUCUGGAACGGGAGCUCGGCUGGACGGGGGUUCUGAUGGAGCCGACACCCAACAGCUACCGCGCCCUCAAGAGCAAGAACAGAAGAGCGCACAUCAUGCGGGCGUGCAUCGCCCCUGAC